AAGGGCGGGCCCUGAGACCGGAAGCCGGAAGUGGACUGUGAGGACGUGUUCCAAGGAAGCUGCAGGCCGGCUUGGCCGGCGUUAUGGAGCCGCUGUACCAACAAACGCACAAGUCCACGAGAUCCAGUCUCACAUGGGACGCCUGGAGACAGCAGACAAGCAGUCUGUGCACUUGGUAGAAAAUGAAAUCCAAGCAAGCAUAGACCAGGUAUUCAGCCAUCUGGAGCGUCUGGAGAUUUUGUCAAGCAAAGAGCCCCCUAAUAAAAGGCAGAACGCUAAACUCCGUGUCGACCAGCUAAAGUAUGAUGUCCAGCACCUGCAGACUGCCCUCAGGAACUUUCAGCACCGGCGCUAUGCCAAGGAGCAACAAGAGCAACAGCGGGAGGAGCUUUUGUCUCGUGCCUUUACCACUAACGACUCUGACACCACCAUACCCAUGGACGAAUCACUGCAGUUUAACUCCUCCCUUCAGAACAUUCACCACGGCAUGGAUGACCUCAUUGGAGGCGGGCACAGUAUUCUGGAGGGACUGAGGGCCCAGAGACUGACCUUGAAGGGGACCCAGAAAAAGAUCCUUGACAUCGCCAACAUGCUUGGCUUGUCCAACACAGUGAUGAGGCUGAUUGAGAAGCGGGCCUUCCAGGACAAGUACUUCAUGAUCGGUGGGAUGCUGCUCACCUGUGCAGUUAUGUUCCUUGUGGUACAGUACCUGACAUGAGCCAGCUGUACCCAGCACUGACAGCCUUCCCACUGUGUGCAUGUGCAAGCAAGAAGUGGGCUGGGAGGCCACCUUUUGAAAUGUAUGCCUUAACUGUGAAGACACCCCUUCCCCCAGGACUAAUUGUGGCUUAGUAUCAAACCUGCUUUGUUUUCCGGGACAUCUGGGGAGUGGGAGCUAGGGUCACCAAGAUGUGUGGUAUGGAGACCCUGCUCUCUGGCUCUCCCUGGGGAGGGAUGAGUGGGUUUGUGGUUUGUCUACACAGCUGAUGCUCACCCUGGAAAGCCUGCACAGAGAGGCUUGCAGCCAGGACUGUCCACACUGUUCACUCCUUGUCAUCACCCAGUCUUUGUGGCUCCUAAUGGGUGGACUGGAGCACAAGAGAGAAGAUGAGGAGAGAGGUCUUUCCUUGUGCCUUCUGGGAUAGAAGAGUUUGCAUCCUUGCUUCUAGCCACUACCCAGCCCCAGCCCCUAAGAAAACAGAGUGUGACGGUGACUAGCUGCUAACACCGGCACCUUCCCUGGAAGCAGCUGCUCCAGAGAAGCAGAACGUCAGUGCAGCUGCUUAACAUAAAAGCAUUUCCAUGCCAUGUUAGCUAGUGGUUUGUCCUUCCGGAAGUGAGGCCAGCAGGGUUCUGAGAAGUGUUCAGUCUGGACACUGAAGUCCUGAGUCACCAGUGUUUUUUUCAGUUAGUACAGCAGUUGGCUUACAGUUUAGACAGUUUAGGGUGGGUCUUUUGCCCACCCUGGGUGGGAGUGCCAAGACUUUCUAAACUUAGAAAGCAGCUCUGAGCAAAGGGUGAUUGUCAGUUACAGAUUUAUCUAGUUCUGCCACCUCAAAUUCUUUGACUAUCUCCCUUUAAUUAUAUUAGUGAUAUAUCAAUCAGCUGAGCCUCCAUCUUCCCCAGCCCUGAUAGGCUACCCUGGAGAUGUCCUUGGUAAGUGUGUUUUUGUGAGACUGUUUGUGGGGCCAGUUCAUUUUUACUUUUCCUAGUCGUGAUUAAUGCUAUAUCAAUACCUGGUGAACUGCAGGAUUUGUUUGGAAGUUAACAUAUCUCGAGCACACUUACUGUGAUUAAUCUCUGAAAUCUGAAAGUACCAGACGAUCUAGUGAGUCCAUUGUUCAUCAGGCACAGGCCCUGCUCACCCAAACACUUCUAAAUUUAGUAGCCUCCUGGUAGGACAAACAGACACCCAGAACUGGAAACCUGGUCAGUAUUAAUCUUUGAUUGCUCUGCCCACUUCCUAUGUUUGCUUAAGUGUUCUAUGCUGUUUCCCUCUUCACAGUAUGUGUUACAUUUCACCUCUUCUCUCUUGAGUAGCAGUAUCAGUCUCUUAGGUACAGUGUGGCAUCUCUUUGGGGAACUUUUUCAAUUGUAUACACUUAACCUGGGUUUCCUGGGUCCCAGUCUCAGUUCUGCUCAAAUGCAGUGUCUGUCAUUCCUUCUCUAGGCUAAAUGGUCCCUAGAUGGCCAGAAAGGAGGAAUCUGUGACCCCUCUAGGAAGAACCCAUAGUCCUGCAGAGUGAAAACAAUGGUCCUAGAGGGGAGAGGAGGCUUGCAGCUUUCAGACCUAGAUCUCACUUGGAGGAGGCAGAUGGGCAUGACCUCUUGGCUUGCCAUAAAGUUGUUUAGACUGCAUAGACCUGACUCCUGUGCCCCCUGGCAUUUGAACAUCCCACCAGACAGCAUGCUUUGGAAGGUGUGCAAGCUGCAACUGAUCCAUUUGGACUCAGAGUGUGGGUAGCAGAAGCCCCCAGCCCCCUGCCCUUCACUGACUGUUGGGACAGUGUUUUGUAGUAUAUAACAGUGUUCUGCCUUUGUAGCAAUGCUUGGCUUUGAUGAACUUGAUGUUCCACCUUCAAAGCCAGGUCUCCCUACUUUGGAAUAAAGUUUGUGGUGGGGUGGUGUCUCUACGGCCCCGAAGUAGGGAAUGGUAGCCAGAGGGUGUGGACUCCAAGGGGGUGUUGAGCUGGCUACUCACCCUUGCAUUUCCACUCAGUGCCGUGUGACAUCCACCUGACCUGAUGGAGUGCAACUGUUGCUGCAGCCUCCAGCAGAGGGAAGGGGCCUGAGCCUGAGUGGUAUGCCCUCUAGUGGAUGAGGGGCUGAGUUCUUAGUGGAGCUCGCCAGAAGCUCCAGCCUGGCAGAUGGUGUGUGCACCUUGGUGCAGUGUGACAUGAGCUGAAGCAGGUAGGGUGCCAGAAGGAACCUAAGACUAGAUUAAAUAGACAUGUAUUGUAGGUAUGGCCACUUUAAGCAAUGUUUAAAUUCAAGGACCAAGUAAAUGGUAGAUUUUAUAGGUUUCACUUUAGGCUCUUUCUUGAAAGCCAGCUUGCUCUGUUGAACUUAAAUAGCUCUCAUUGACAAAUUAUAUUUACACCCCUUGUUUUCAGAACAUGUUUGCUGAAUAAAGUUGGGAUUUAUUUAGAAAACUUUAAAAAA